CUUUUCCCACCAAAAGGAAUAGUUCAUGUUGUUGCUGGCGAGUCCGAUAAUGCAUAUUCUACUGAAAGCAAAAAGAAGAAAUACCCUGAAGCAAAGUCAGUACAUGGGUUUAAGAUUGAUAUAAGGCUUAUUGUAGAAGUUGAAGAAGAAGAGAAUGACGUUGCUGUUGGUGAAUGCACCAAGAAUAAUGACAACAACAAAGCAAUCAACGACAACGGAAAGCUGCUUAGAAAGUGCAAAGAUACCAUCGAUGGAUUAGUUUACAAUUUGAGAAACGUGGAUGAUGAAUUCAUGUCGUAUAUGAUUCAAAUAACUGCUUCCUCCUGUUUGCUCUCGACGAUGCAUCUCACCGUAAAUGGCUUAUACGUU